UCACGGAGUCCAUCAGAAUCUGCAGCCGAAGCCGAAGUGAAUCGUUCGAAGCGGGGAAGGGGAAGCCUCGGGUGGCGUCGCCAGCGUCGUUGCAGCCAUGGCUGCUGUUGCAGAAACCGACGCAGAAAGAAACCCAGAUACAGUCCACACCGACGUCCUCUCCAAAGCUCGCGAAUCUUGCUACAAGGCUCGCGACGCUUUCUACGCGUGCCUGGAGAAGGAAUCGAGCAAGAAGCCGACGGAGAUCGGCUCCGUCGGAUUGUUGUACCCUACAGAGUGUAAAAAAUCGAGGGUCGAGUACGAAAAUCGAUGUCGAGCUUCUUGGGUGAAGCAUUUUGAUAGGCAGCACUGUAAGAACAAGACACUUCAGAGGCUCUUGGACGAUAAGGAUUCGAAGCGCGGUCCCUUGACGGUCCCGCAGCCUUCCACUUUCAAACCCCCCAGUUGAGACUUGCUCUGAAUUCCUUGCUUGGUGGGAUGUGUUUCUGUUUCGGUAAUUGUAUUCCUAUGCCACGAGCCAUCAAGUUGAAGGCUGUAUACGCCGACACUGUCUGUUAAUUAUGUGCUGAAAACUAUUACUGGCAAAAAUUUUGGCUAGCACUGCAUUGUUUUAUGCAUAAAUUUGUAUCGUUAUGUGUCUGUCGUUGUCAAUUAUAAAUAGUGUUCCUCGAUGGAUUUUGGGAUAAUUGAACUUGAUUGAAAUGUAUUCUGAAACAUUAAUA